GGUAAACGCGUAAACUAUGCUGCUCGUUCCGUUAUAUCACCUGAUCCAUAUAUUGAUACGGAUGAAAUAGGAGUACCCAUUAGGUUUGCUAAACAGUUGACGUAUCCAGAACCGGUGACAUCUUACAAUGUUAAAGCGUUGAGUCAGGCUGUGUCAAAUGGUCCAGAUGUAUGGCCAGGUGCUACAUUUGUUCAAAAUGAGAAUGGUUCUUUGAUAAAUUUAGCAAGUUUAUCAUUAGAAUCUCGCAUGUCGCUUGGACAACAAUUACUUAGAGAACAACAAGACAAAUCAUCUUUUACUCAGUAUUUUGUUAAGACACCGUACAUAAAUAAAAAGAUAUAUCGUCAUCUUCAAGAUGGUGAUAUGUUGUUAAUAAAUCGUCAACCUACUCUUCACAAACCAUCUAUAAUGGCACAUCGUGCUCGUGUGUUGAAAGGAGAAAUGACAAUUCGUAUGCACUAUGCUAAUUGUAAGGCGUACAACGCAGAUUUUGAUGGAGAUGAAAUGAAUAUGCAUUUUCCUCAAAAUGAAAUUGCGCGUGCUGAAGCCUCAUUAAUAGGCAAUACAAAUCGACAAUAUCUUGGUCCGACUUCGGGAUCUCCUUUGAGAGGCUUGAUUCAAGAUCAUGUAGUGGCUGGUGUGUGGAUGACUUGUAAGGAUACGUUCUUUACGAAAGCUGAUUAUCACCAGAUCGUAUUUUCUGCACUAAGAUUAGAUUCUUCUGAUUUGAGACGAAUUUUGACCGUACCGCCUGCUAUACAAAAACCGAAAGCAUUGUGGACUGGAAAACAAAUAGUACGUUCAGAUUUUCGUAUCUUAAUAUAUGC